AAGCUGCCAACCGUUUCACCAGCCGGCCGGAUGGAUCCUCAGCAGCAGUCCAUCAUCCAGCUCGCCGCCGGUGCUUCGCCUGCAAAUCCGGCGCUAUGGCCGAUGCAGUUGCCGCAGUGUGGGCAUGAGCGCUUGGUCGGCAACAACAUGCGCCCUUCCCUCUAUCUCGCCGUGUUCAAGGGGAGUAUGGCCGAGGUCGAGAAGCUGCUUCCGCAACAACACGCCGCAGCGCUAGACUGUGAAGCCACUGGCAUUGUUAUGCACGGACAGUGCGACAUACUUGAGUUGACCGCCGAGAGGAGCACCGCUCUACACGUGGCUGCGGAGCAAGGGCACGACGAGCUGAUCCGGGAGCUCUACCACAGGUUCAGGGACCAGGGCCUCCUCUCUCGCCGGAACUCGGCGCUGGACUCGCCGCUGCAUUGCGCGGCGAGGGCUGGGCACGACAGGGCAGUCAAUGUCCUCGUCGAGGUGGCCAGGGACUGUGGCGAGAACAUUUUGGGAUGCAAGAACGAGGCAGGCGACACGGCCCUCCACCUGGCGGCGAGGCAUGGGCACGGCGCUACCGUGGAGGUCCUCGUCUCGGCGGCGGCAGGACCGGCGGCCGAGCUGAACAACGCCGGCGUGUCGCCGCUGUACUUGGCUGUAAUCAGUGGGUCGCUGCGAGCAGUCAGAACGAUUAUUACCAAGUGCAAGGACGACGCGUCAUCUGCCGGGCCGAACUCGCAGAAUGCUCUGCACGCUGCCGUCUUCCAGAGCUCAGAAAUGGUUGACGUGCUACUCGGCUGGAGGCCAGCUCUGGCCGACCAAGUCGACAGCAGCGGCAGCAGCCCGCUCCAUUUCGCGUCGUCGGACGGCGAUCUCAGCAUCGUGCGUGCAAUCCUGCGCGCCGGGCCGCCGGGAACGGUGUACAAGAAGGACUCGAGCGGCCUGUCCGCUCUCCACGUCGCGGCGCGAAUGGGGCACCACCGCGUGAUCAAGGAAAUUCUCGGGAGCUGCCCGGAGGCCGCCGACCUCCGCGACGGCGACGGAGGGACCUUCAUCCACGCCGCGGCCCGGGAGAAGCGCUCCUCGGUGGUUUCGCUCGCCACCAAGGAUCCCAUGCUGCGGGGCCUCCUGGACGCGCAGGAUAGUGACGGGAACACGCCUCUUCACCUCGCGGUGGCGGCGGGAUCAACCGGCAUCGUGGAGGACCUGCUACACGAGGGCAAGGUGCGCGCCAAUGUUCUGAACAACGACGGUGACACGGCGUUCGAUCUCGCCGCCGGAUCAACCACGAGUUUCUUCAACAUGGUAAGCCUGGUGGUGGCGCUAGUCGCUUACGGGGCACAGCUCCGGCCGCAGAGGCAGGACCAGCUGAAGCAGUGGGGUGGCCGCGACAAGGUGCGUAAGGGGAUACAGAACACGUCGGACAGCCUCGCGGUGGUGGCCGGCCUCAUCGUCGCCGCCGCGUUCGCCGCCGGGUUCAACUUGCCCGGUGGGUACGGCGACAACGGCAAGGCGAACCUCAGGGGCGAUCUUGUCUUCAAGAGCUUCCUGGUCUUGAACACCGGGGCCGUGACAACGUCCGUCGUGGCGGUGAUCCUGCUCGUCUACGGGAAGGCGGCGUCGCACUCGGCCGGCUCGUGGAAGAGCUUCGCGGCGGCGCUGCAGCUCUUGUGGAUGUCGCUCGUGUUCAUGAUGCUGGCCUUCCAGGCGGCUCUGCUCUCCGUGGCGACCACAAAGUCACUCACUUACGGGUUCCAAGUUGUAUACACGUGCAUCCUUGUCUUGCAAGUAUGGAUCGUGAAGUGGUUGGGUGUGACUCUGACGAGGUUGCACACGAUUUGGAGGUUUCACUCACAAGGAAGAAAGCAUUUCGACGUCAAACGACAGUAUCCAUUCGUCAAAGCUACCGUACUCAAUUUACAGCUAUUUAUAGCUACAAGUUUCCUAAUUUCUAUAGGUUUUCAAGCCAUCUUUGGAUUAAACCGGAGAUCCAUGGACACCUCGAUUGCCCCAUCACCAUCUCCUCUUUGUUUUUAGAGAGAAAUUAAAGUGCAUGCCAUCUGGGGAGUUCAGUACUCAUGCACGUUGGCCUUGUGGCUCAUCAAAUUAAUGAACUUGAUGUGUAUUCUUAUUUGAUCCGAACAAAAGCAAACAUAGAUGAAGAGAUACUAAAGAUCAGGGGGUACAAGAUGCUGGACCUUUUUAGACAACGUAUGGCUUUAUAACGUUAGCGAGACACAUAAAAUCAUGUCUAUAGCUUUGUUUAGUUUGUAAAUUGUUCAUGCUCCAAUGACGAGACAUGAAAUCUACAUAUUGAAUGCAUACUGUU